CAACCGGGCCUUCCCGCCAACCCUACCAACAUUUGGGCUCUCCCGCCGACCAUAUACGCAUCUCUGGGCUCUCCCGCCUACCUUCAUCAGCAACUGGGCCUUCCCGCCUACCCUACCAACACCAUUUGGGCUCUCCCGCCGACCAUAUACGCAUCUCUGGGCUCUCCCCCUACCGUUCAUCAGCAACCGGGCCUUCCCCCACCCUACCACACCAUUUGGGCUCUCCCCGCCGACCAUAUACGCAUCUCUCUCUGGGCUCUCCCCUACUUCAAUCAGCAACCCGGGCCUUCCCGCCUACCCUACCACACCAUUUGGGCUCUCCCCCGACCAUAUACGCAUCUCUGGGCUCUCCCAUCUACCGUUCAAUCAGCAACCGGGCCUUCCGCCACCCUACCAACACCAUUUGGGCUCUCCCACUGUAUAACAUCAUUUGGGCUCUCCUGCCUACCCCUUCUACUACUAUCUGGGCUUCCCACCGACCCUAAUAUACCAUUGGGCUCUCCCUCCUGA